AGCCCGUAUGAAGGCGGGAUGGAAAGGGAUGCUUUAUUUAUUCUCCGAUCUCUUCCUCUGGUCUCCCUUAAUCCAAUUUUUUUGGUCUGAAUUUGUGUAGGGUUUCGAGGUCGUCGCUGGUGGAUCAUCGCUUCAGUUACACCCGCGACUGCGAUGGCUUCCCCAACACCUACAGUGAGGGCAACUCCUCAGGGAGGGAUUUUUGACCAUUAUAAUCCCUCGAAAUAUGACCCCAAGAACCCCAUCACUCUCUUCAUCAUUCAAGCCGGCAUUAUCAUUAUCAUAUGCCGGGCCCUCCAUUACCCUCUUUCAAAGAUUCGCCAGCCUCGAGUCAUAUCUGAGGUUAUUGGUGGCAUUAUUCUAGGUCCGUCAGUCAUGGGAAGGAUACCUGGAUUCCGUGCUGCGAUCUUCCCGGAUGAAUCGAUACCCAAUCUCAAUCUCGUGGCCAACCUAGGACUGGUUCUUUACUUGUUUAUUAUUGGCGUUGAAACAAAUAUGCGCUCCAUGUUGAGCAAUUGGAGGGUUGCCGUAAGUGUAUCUGCAGCUGGUAUGGUCCUACCGUUCGGGUUCGGCUGUGCAAUUUCAUAUGGCUUGUACAACGAAUUCAGAGACGACCCGUCUCUGUCCCCGAUCAGUUUUGGAACUUACGCUCUCUUCAUUGGUAUCGCAAUGGCUAUCACGGCCUUCCCUGUCCUUUGCCGUAUCCUAACGGAGCUUGAACUCCUCAACACGACAGUAGGCGAGAUAGUGCUUUCUGCUGGAGUCGGUAACGACAUUGUUGGCUGGAUUCUCCUCGCCCUCUGCGUUGCUCUUGUCAACGCAAGUACUGGACUGACUGCCCUCUGGGUCUUGCUGACUUGUGUUGGAUUCAUCCUAUUCUUAACUUUCGCUGUUCGGCCCGUGUUCAUCUGGUACCUGAAGCGUACUGGCAGCCUACAUAACGGCCCUGAUCAGUCUGUGGUCGCGCUGACUUUACUUCUCGCACUGGGUGCUGCAUUCUUUACUCAGGUCAUAGGCGUGCACGCAAUUUUUGGUGGGUUCUUAGUCGGACUCAUCUGCCCGCAUGAAGGAGGGUUUGCCAUAAAGACCACGGAGAAGAUCGAAGAUUUAAUCGGAGCCAUCUUCCUUCCUCUAUACUUUGCGCUUUCUGGGCUUAACACUAAUAUUGGGCUGCUGGAUACUGGAAUAAUCUGGGGUUACGUGAUCGCUGUCAUCGUCAUUGCUUUUGUAGCUAAAGUCUCUGGAGGGAUGCUUGCGUCUCGACUGAAUGGUCUUGUUUGGAGGGAAAGUGCUGCUAUCGGCGUAUUAAUGAGCUGUAAGGGGUUGGUUGAACUUAUUGUCCUGAACAUCGGUCUUCAAGCGAAAAUUCUCAGCGGCCGAACUUUUACGAUAUUCGUCGUCAUGGCGCUUGCUACUACAUUUGCUACGACACCGCUUACUCUUUAUCUGUACCCGGAGCCGUAUCGAGAUAGAAUGGAGAGGUGGAGGCGCGGCGAGAUCGACUGGGAUGGAAAUGAAAUCUCGUCUGAGAGUGACCCUUCAGGCAGUUCAGGUAUCGCCCAGCAGAAAGCACGAGGUUCAUCUACCCAGAAGUUCCUCGUUUAUUUACGACUCGACAACUUGGCAGGGCUGUUUACCUUUGUCUCUCUGUUGGGUCUUGGAGAUGAUACAAAAACUACUAGCAGUAAGGUCCACCAUCGCCACGAGGACCGGAAAAACGAGAUGCCCGCCAGCAAAGAACGCCCUGUGGAAGUUCAUGGGCUUCGUUUGAUUGAACUUACAGACCGUGAUUCUAGUGUAAUGAAGGUAUCAGAAGUUCGUGAUUACAGCUUCAGCGACCCAAUCCUGAAUACGUUCAGGACCUUUAGCCAGCUGAACACACUUGCUGUGUCUGGUGCCGUCGUUAUUUCUCCUGAGCACGCGUACGCCGAGACCAUUGUCAACAAGGCUCGUGAUCUCUCAUCAGAUUUUAUUCUUCUUCCUUGGAGCGAAACAGGGGUCAUGAGUGAACAUCAGAUUCUCCUCUUCGACGAUAAAACAGAAAAAUUCUCGAGCGGACCUCAUGCUGCAUUUGUGUCUAAUGUCCUGAAACAGGCGAAAUGCCCUGUUGGAGUUUUUGUUAACAAAGGGUUUGGCGGACUACAGUUAACCAGGCCACAACCUGGACAUUUGAGCCGUUCCGUCAGCGGUACUAGUGUUUAUAAAGCAACCGACAUUACGUUGUCUCCGGCUCUGAACCAAGGACAUCAUAUUUUCUUUCCUUACCUUGGGGGUGCGGAUGAUAAAGUUGCACUCCGCCUCGUCCUCCAGCUGGCUAAAAACACAGCCGUAACUGCUACGAUUUUGCAUGUUGAUACAAACGAUGAAACUAGCGCCGCCUCUCCUGCGCAAGGAGGUCCCAAUACGCCAUCAACCUCAACCUGUCAGGAUAAGGAUACUGAUAAUUCCUUCUUUAAUACCCUCCGUGAUUCCAUACCAGAGGCACUCAGUUCCCGUGUGAUUUUCCAGGAUCUUACAACAGCGCCAGCAACUAUAGUCACUGCUGUCCUAGACGCCGCAAAAGCUGACGUUGGAAAUUCGAAGGAAAAUACCGGCGACCUGGUCAUCGUCGGCCGUAGUAACGUGGCCACUGGCACACUGACAUCCGCAGGACUGUCGUCCUCCUCAGGAGAGAUCGCUUCGGAAGCAAAGAGGGCACUUGGUGCGCUUGGCGAGGCGAUGACGUCAACAUCGAAUGCCGUCCAAGCGAGUGUGCUUGUGGUGCAGGCUGGUCCGAACGUAUAA